UUAAAAUUGUUUAUUUACCGAUAUAAUUUUCUAGAUGUGGCCGAUAUUAAUGCAAUUCUUGCGUGCUAAUGCACCGUAUAUAACCUUACCCAUAGCGGCUGUGGUCGGCGUUAUUGGAUAUAAUCUAGAAAGUCUUAUAUCAGACAGAUAUACACCUUACAAUAAACCUGUCCAAGAUCAAAGAUAUGAAAGAAUGGAGGAUGAACUUCUUAAAGAUCCAACAAAUGUUAAGAAAUUGAAAUACCAAGAGAAUGUACUCGGAAAGAAUGUGUCUCCAUCUUUACAGAAGAACUAGUCAUUUUAUAGUUUGUAAGUUUAGAUAGAUAAUUGUUGCUCUUUGUUAAAAUAAAAAAGAAAUUAAAAAUGUUAAUAUUUAAA